UCUUAGUGGAUAUAAUAUUUUAAGGUUAGAAUGAUAUUAUUUAUUGCCAUAUCUGCCCUGCAUCGAAAGCCACUUCUACCGAACAAUGUUCCGUAGAGCAAAAGCUUCGUUUUCGUCAUAGACAUUAUCUCUAUUUGGUAUUGUAGAAGGGCAGUUUGGUGAAUUAACAAGACAUGUGAUCUAAUCACACACAUAAACCAAUGCUUUAAAUUUUUAAACGAAGAUAUAAGAAGAAGAGCGAGACAUGUGUUAACGGCAUCUUUUAUGAGUCAACCAUUGUCCCAAACUGCAUUUGUACAUAAUUUAUCUUUACCAAAUUUAAAUUCAAAUUUUCCAAUUUUUUUGUGCUUCUCUGUUUCAAGUUAACAUUGUUUAUUACUGUUAUUCUAAAGACAUAUUUCACAUUAAAAGGAACAAACUUCCAUCAAAUUGAGUGCACAUUUCUUAGCUUUAUGAUUGUUUCUGGUGACCCACAUUCUUAAUUCACUGUUCCCUUCUUAAAGGGAAGAAGAAGAUUCUUUGAAAUCUCUUCUUUUGUUAAGUCUUCUCGGCUAAUAAAAGUACAGAAGCCACCAUUAAUGCUGGUCACCUCUUUGUCUUUAAUGUUCUUAUCACCUUCUUACCUAGCUUCCCCACCUCCUUUCUCGUCUAUGUGUUAAUACGACAAACACACACAAACACCCCUUCUCAUCCACUAUUUCUGCAUUUGCCCUCACUUUCUUCUUCUACUGCUUUUUUUAUUUUCUUGACUUGUUCCAGAGAUUUGAUUAUAAACUCGUUUCCUUGGAGUUUUCUCGAGAGGAGCGUCUAGGAUCACGAGCUGUGUUUUCGUUUCUUUGACUUGAGCUGACUAGCCGUUCCUCUCUAAGUUAAGUUCUUCAAACAUUGUGUGUGAGUUUUCAAAUUCUAAAGCAAAAAGACACCUUAUAUUGGUCUCUUUCACUUUCCUCCUCUGUUUUCCUUUCUGUUAAUUUAUCAUGGUUCAUUCAAAGGGCUCGCCUUUGCUCUUUCUUUCAUGGCUCUUGUUCUUACAAAGCACCCACCAACUUCAAAACUCUCAGACCCAAGACCUGUAUCAGCUCAGGAAACAUCUAGAAUUCCCCAAAGCUUUGGAAUCUUGGGGAAGUUACUACGGAGACUUAUGUCUAAUCUCUUCAACUCCUCAUAUGAGCAUUUCCUGUGAAGGCAACUCUAUCACGGAGCUUAAAGUCAUGGGGGACAAGCUUUCAAAACCAUUCGGUAUGUUUGAUGGAUUUUCACUACCAAACCACACUCUGUCUGGAGCUUUCUUGAUUGAUUCCUUUGCUACCACAUUGACAAGGCUUACAAGCUUGAGGGUCCUUAGCUUAGUGUCUCUAGGUAUCUUUGGUGAGCUCCCAGGGAAGAUUCAUCGGUUGUAUUCACUCGAGUCCUUGGAUUUGAGUUCAAAUUAUCUGUUUGGUUCUGUCCCUCCUGAUAUUUCCAGAUUGGUUAAGCUUCAAAGUCUGAUGCUUGAUGGAAACUACUUCAACGGCAGUGUUCCUGACACGUUGGAUUCUCUGACCAACCUCACUGUCCUUAGUUUGAAGAACAACCGGUUCAACGGACCGUUUCCUGUUUCGGUUUGCAGAAUUGGAAGACUAACGAAUCUUGCUCUAUCACACAAUGAGAUCUCUGGUAAAUUACCUGAUCUUCUCAGCAAGUUGGAACAUCUGCAUAUGCUGGAUCUAAGAGAGAACCAUUUGGAUUCUGAACUACCUGUGCUGCCUAAGAGAUUGGUUACCGUUCUGCUGAGCAAGAACUCCUUCUCCGGCGAAAUUCCCGGACAUUUUGGCGGUUUGUCUCAGCUUCAGCAUCUUGACUUGUCGUUCAAUCAUCUCACUGGAACUCCACCUCGGUUCUUGUUCUCCUUGCCAAGCAUUAGUUACUUGGACUUGGCAUCUAACAAGCUCGGCGGGAAGUUACCACUCAAUCUGACAUGUGGAGGGAAACUCGGUUUUGUGGAUUUGUCGAAUAACAAAUUGAUUGGGACUCCUCCCCGUUGCUUGGCAGGCUCUUCCGGCGAGCGAGUUGUUAAGCUCGGUGGGAACUGCUUGUCCGUGAAUAGCAGUCAUGAUCAGCAUCAAGAGUUCUUAUGUGAAGAGAGAAAACAUUUACAAGGAAGAAAACUUGGGACUUUAGUUGCUGUGAUGAUUAGUGGAGCUGUUCUAGUUCUUGUGCUGUUUGGAUUCGGACUAGUCCUGUUAUGUGCAAAGCGCUCAUGUUGUUGUUCUUGUUGUUGGUCAAGAGGAAAGUCAGUGCCGCAAACUCGGCUUAAGGUUCUGAUAGAUAAUUCACACACCAGUCUCUCCUCUGAAGUUCUUGCUAGUGCAAGGUUAAUCUCUCAAACGGUGAAGCUAGCUGCACAAGGUGUGCCUUCAUGCCGCUCAUUUUCUUUUGAAGAGUUAAAGGAAGCCACAGACGGUUUCCAUUCAUCACGUUUCUUAGGUGAAGGCUCCCUUGGAAAGCUAUACAGAGGAACACUGGAAAAUGGAAGUUUUAUAACUGUAAGAUGUCUGGUUUUAUCAAGAAAAUUCUGUAGCCAGAGUAUCAGAGGCCACUUAGAUUGGAUGUCUAAGCUCAACCAUCCUCAUCUCCUUAGCUUCUUGGGCCAUUGCACUCAAACCAGCAGAGAUCAUGAUCCUGCAGCGACCGUACUCUACCUUGUAUACGAGUAUAUGCCAAACGGGACCUAUCGUGCACAUCUAUCAGGUCAGAUUGACAUAUGUAGUACACUUAAAGUUACAUUAGAUCAAUGUACUUUGAAACUCAAUGUUGUUAGAAUGUUUGUAGAAUCUUGCUCGGAGAAGAUCCUAACGUGGCCAGACCGGUUAGCAAUUCUGAUUGAGAUGGCAAAGGCAGUUCAUUUUCUUCAUACUGGUGUAAUGCCUGGCUCCUUCAACAAUCAGCUGAAGACUAACAACAUCUUGCUUGACGAACACAAGAUUGCGAAGCUCAGUGACUAUGGAGUCUCUGCCAUCAUUGAAGAGAAUGAAAAGCUUGAGACAAAGUUAGAACCCCACAACAAGUCAAAGAAAAUGGCUAAAAGAGAAGAUGAUGUGUACAACUUUGGAUUCAUACUUCUGGAAUCUCUCAUAGGACCAUUGCCCACUGCAAAGGGAGAAGCCUUUCUUCUAAACGAAAUGACGUCAUUUGAGAGCCAAGACGGUCGACAGAAAACAGUGAGUCCAACGGUGCUAACAACUAGCUCUCAAGAGUCCUUAGCGAUUGCGGUAUCAAUCGCUAAUAAAUGCGUUUUGCUUGAACCUUCCGCAAGGCCUUCUUUUGAAGAUGUUCUAUGGAACUUACAAUAUGCAGCUCAAAUGCAGUCUGCUGCAGACGCUGAACGCAAAUCUGACACGUCCCCAUGAAUCCGGAGUGCUAAUAUUUGAUUAAAAAAUCUAUUUUCGGUCUUUAAAAAAUGUAAAGUUUUAUAAGUUUGUUCUUAAUAUACAAGGUAGCAUCUUAAGGUUUCUAAUAUAUGGAUUAGCUUGUAACUUUAGAAACCAUCAUCAUAUACAUACAUUUCUUGGGGU